CACGUCGUAGCUACCUAGCAUUCUUAGGUACAUAUGGCUUGCACAGUGCACUUCAACUCGCACCAACUCAUACCUUAAACUUUGUUAUGGAGCCAAUUGCAAGGAACCGUUCCCACGAACCGCUCAGCUACGAAGUAGCCAUUCCAUGAUCCAAGUAAGAUUGAUGGAAACAUUUCCAGAUGAUUCAAUGGCGGGGCAUCCAACAACAACAGGAUCAUAAUCAUUUCAUGCUAGGUAUCCCACCCCACCAUGACAAGGGGGUUGGCUGUCCCUCCCUCUUUCCAUAUCUUGCGUAGCUUCAUUACUAUAAGAAAGCCAAUCUUUUUCUCUCUCGUCUUGCUUCCUCUCUUCAUACCAUUUGAAAAAUAAUACCCUCAAUAACGUACCUUCAAAAGAUACCCUACUUUGACUCUUAAUUGUUCAACUUUCUUCAAGAGAAUCAAAAGAUCAUACUAGCUAAUAUGUCUCUCCCAACUUCCAUGAAAGCUUUGAGAUACUCCAAGCCAGAAGAAUAUGGAAUCGUUGAGGUUCCUCUCCCAAAGCUCCGUGAUAACGAUGUCUUGGUAAAGGUCAAGGCCUGUGGUGUUUGCGGAACCGAUUUGCACAUCCACGAGGGAGAAUUCAUUGCAAAGUUCCCUCUCAUUCCUGGACAUGAAACUGUUGGUGUUAUCGCUGCUACUGGACCUAAGGUCAAGGGCUUCAAUGUUGGUGACAGAGUUGUAGCUGAUAACUCCGAGCUCUGUGAGGAGUGCUUCUACUGCCGUCGUGGUCAACUCUUGUUGUGCGAGAACUUCAACGCCCACGGUGUUACCAUGGACGGUGGUUUCGCAGAGUACUGUGCUUACCCAGCCGCUAAGGUCUUCAAGAUCGAGAACCUCUCAGAUGUUGAUGCCACCCUCCUCGAGCCAGCCUCAUGUGCUGCUCACGGUCUUGAGAAGAUUGCACCAAAGAUGGGUUCAUCCGUUCUCAUGUUCGGUGCUGGACCAACUGGUCUCGUUCUCGCUCAAUUGCUCAGACAAAAUGGUGGAUGCAAGGUCGUCCUCGCUGCACCAGGUGGUCUUAAGAUGGAUCUCGCAAAGAAGCUUGACGCUGCUGAUAUCUACAUCGAACUUUCCCGUGAUAACCCAGAAGCUCAAUUCCAACAAAUCAAGGAUGAGUACAAAUACGGUUUCGACAUCGUUGUUGAAGCUACCGGAAGCGCUAAGAUUCUCGAGGAUGCUAUCAACUACGUUCGUCGUGGAGGUAAGCUCGUAGUCUAUGGUGUCUACAGCAGCUCUGCUAGAGUUACCUGGCCACCAUCCAAGAUCUUUGGUGAUGAAAUCACCAUUCUUGGUUCCUUCUCCGAGACUUACAUGUUCCCUGCUGCUAUCGAUUACCUCGACUCCGGCAAGGUCAAGGUUGAGGGUAUUGUCAACAAGACCUUCAAGCUUGAACAAUGGGGUGAAGCUUUGGAAUCUAUCAAGAACAAGAGUGCUAUUAAGGCAGCUAUUGUUUUCGAUUAGAUUAUGUUAAUGUGUAAAAAUGGGAGUCAAAAAAAUGACAUGAUGUGAUGUUUUGCUCAGUAUUGAGAGAUAUUAUACCUUAAAGCGAGCUAUUAGAGCUAGAAUUUACGAUUCAAUGAAAAAUAAUUUACUGUAUGGAUGUUUUCUAUAGCUUGAGCGGAUUUGU